CCGGUCGCCGCCCAGCGGACAGCGGUUUCCCCGGUUGUGUUAGCUUUAUUAUUUUUGUACAUAAUAUUAUUAUAGUAAUAUGUAUUACUAAAUACUAUUAAUGUUAAACAUCAACCCUCGACUUCGUGAGAUAAUUAUAGGUUGUUUGUUGUUUUAUAGAAAAUACGUUGAAAAGUAAAACAAAUUAAAAGUUUCUAAAAUGAACGCACCGCCUACCUUUGAAUCAUUUCUUUUAUACGAUGGUGAAAAGAAAGUGCAAAAGGAAGAAGAUACAAAAGUUACAAAUGCGGCUAUAUUCACAGUUAACAAGGAAGAUCACACACUUGGCAAUAUGAUUAGGCACCAACUGCUGAAAGAUCCUAAAGUUCUGUUUGCUGGAUAUAAAGUACCUCAUCCCCUUGAGCACAAGUUUGUCCUGCGCAUACAAACAACAUCAGAUUACACCCCACAAGAAGCCUUUAUGAAUGCCAUUACUGAUUUGACUUCUGAGCUAUCACUGUUUGAAGAAAGAUUUAAGGAAGCUAUUAAAGAGAAAAAAGAUGGAUUAGAUUAGCUGUAGGCUAUAAAAUUGUUCAGUAAGAUAUAAGUAGAACUACAACUUUGCUAUGAAGAAGAUCUAACUAACCCUUACCUAAAAACUUAAGUGUGUAAAUGUAGGAUUAUCUUACCAAACAUAAUAUUUAAAACUGAUUCAUGUUCAAAAAGUAUUUAAUGAACUUUGCUGCAGCUGAGGCAUCUACUGCAUGAAUGUUAUCAAGAGAGAAGCAUAAAUUAAGUUUAAUCAAUAAAAUUGAGGAGCUUA